AUGGCAGACUUCGCCGCCGCCCAAGCGCGAAUAAUCGAACGCCGCGCCGCGACCGCACAAGCCCUUGCCGCUGAACGAUCCGCGUCCGACGCUCUACGAUCCGCACAACUCACCCACUUACCCCCUUCACUCCGCUCGCAUGUGAUAUCUUUGUUGAAUUUCCCCCAAAACUCACUCUUUGGAAGUCGGCCUGCUUACCGGGUGGGACAAGUCGACUCGGAGCUCCUGGACGAAGCGCUGCUUUCUCUGCUCAAGAAACAGGCGAGCGAAGGGUUGAAACUAUACGGAGCGCAUCUCAAAGACGACUGGGAUGCGGAGUUGAGCUUGUUGCUCAGGGCUGUGUUGUGGAAGUUGAGCAUUUGGGACCAUGGAGCGAGUUAUGGUGCCAGUCUGCAAGGGUUGAAAUACAUCGACGCGAGGGUCAGGGAACGGGAGAAGGAGAGCGAUAAGUGGCAGCGAGGAAUCUACGGAUUGGUGACUGUGGGAGGAAGAUAUGCCUGGCAAAGAUGGGAAGAUUGGUUGAGCAACGCAGAGAAUGGUUAUGAGGAACCCAGCCGAUGGACCAAAUUGCUGGGAAAUGCGACGACAGUGCUGGAUUCCACGCACAAUGUCGCUGCUUUUGCCUCCUUUUGUGUGUUUCUGGUGAAUGGGAGGUAUCGCACCAUCACAGAUCGGGUGUUGAGGAUGAGAUUGGUGCCCGCRAGUAACCAGACGAAUCGGGAGGUGAGCUUCGAGUACUUGAAUCGACAGCUGGUCUGGCAUGCUUUUACGGAGUUCCUGCUCUUCUUGCUGCCGUUGGUGGGAAUCUCAAGAUGGAGGAGGUGGAUUUCCAGAGCAUGGAAGAAGACGAAGAUGUACGUCACAAAACUGCGCACGGGCGAGGAUGAAGACGAUGAGGAUGUCAAGGGUGGAGAAUUGGCCUUCUUGCCAGAACGGACGUGUGCGAUAUGCUAUUCAGAUCAGAAUCCCGCGGGUGGGAGCACUGAGCAGGAGAUUGUUGCUGGAGGUGGAAACAGCGGCAUCAUUGGAAGUGCGAUGACCGACAUCACCAAUCCAUACGAAGCCGAUCCCUGUGGAUGUGUGUAUUGCUUCGUCUGUCUGGCGCAGAAGAUCGAAGCUGAGGAAGGAGAGGGAUGGACGUGCUUGCGUUGUGGAGCUGUUGCGAAGGAAUGCAGGCCAUGGAGUGGAGAUGUGGUUGUCGAGCGCAGCCGUCCGUCAAGCCGGCCAUCGACUGGGAGAGGGAGGAGUGCAACAGGUGCUAUGAGGAGCGCUGGGGGAGAAGGCAGUCCGCAAAGUUUUCGUCGAAAGAGCGUAAUGUUUGAUCUCGAUGAUGAAGAGAAGCGGGCGAUGCUGGAGGACGAGAGGGAUGCUGAGGCUGAUCUCGAAACGCUCGAUCCCAUGCCUAUUGAGGAGGGCGAAGAAAGCAUGGCGUGGAGUAAGAUUGAUGGAGACGUUGUCGGCCAAGAGGAGUAUGAUGAGCAUCAGGAAGAUGAUGGUUAUGGUUCCAGGUCGGACGAUGAGGAGAGUGAGAGAUGA